AUGGUUGAUGGAUCCCCAGAUCUAGAUCUCCCCGUAUCUUCCGCCCUUUCGGCAUCUCCAUCACUGUCCCCGACACACACGCGCAAUCUGCGUGUCGAAUCGCGUCUGGCACCGGCGGUGUUCUUAUCCUCUCCGUCAGGAGACUCGAGCUCCAGCUCAUCCGCUGGUUCUCCCUCCCAGAGCGUGACCCUUGAACCCCCGCCGCUUCCCUUCUUGUCGGCCAACCUUCGCCCAGGCGACUCCCUGACCUCCUCCCCGGACAAUCGAAGAGCAGAAAGCAGUGUCUACUAUACCACUGCCUGGGGGUCUCCGUAUGCAGCACCGAGUACCCGGAGAUUAUCGCUGACUCUGAGUCAAUACGCCGGCAUCGACAACGGAGCAUCGAGAGACAGCUCGCCUACUCCGUCUAUAGUCAAUCCGCCCGAGUUUCGGAGAGCUAGUGUUGCCGUCAAUUCCCAGGAUCUUCUUGGCCAUCGCGAAGGAAAAUCAAUUCGGGACUUCACUCAGGAUUGGAUCAAUCAAUAUUUAUCCGGCCAGCCUAGGACCGAACGCAGUAAUUGGCUGAGCGACGAUUCGGGAAGCGAAGCACCCUCAUUUUUCACGGCCAAAAAUCACCUUGCUGACGAUCUUUCGGACGACUGGCUGGGUCUGGAGGACGAUACUGGCGAAAACGAGCUCCUAAAGACACCGACACUUUCCGACUUUGUUGGAAAGAGGGCCGCUGCCCGCGCAAAAGGAAAGAAGAACGCCCACAAGCGUACGGAGACGCUGCGGCAGGAGGAUUUUUGGGGUUUCGCAUACGACAAGGAAUCGCCCAACAUUAUCAUGUCAGAUUCGAAGGAGCCGCAGCCCAUGGCUGUGGAGGUGACUUCACCAGUGGAGAAACCAUUGCCGCCUCCGCCAACAACAAUAAAUGAUGAGUCUGAAACACAAGAGAAUGCAGAGGGGUCGGUGUCCGAUAUUUCGAAGAGGCAGGCGGCCGAGACCAACAAUAAACCAACUCCAAUCCUACAGAGACGGAAGAAGAAGAUUGUAUGGAAAGGCAAGGCAUGCGUCAUUGAUCUACCAGUUGAUGACGCUCGCGGGUCCGAAGCGUCUGGUCGCCAUAUUUUGAAACCUGCAGAGGUCCAGGCACGGCUGCAAAAGUGGGAGGACGAGGGUUAUGACGUUCGAGGAUUUACUAUCGGCGACGUGCACGACACAGCGGAGCCAACCGAGCUUGGCAGUUUGACUCGUCCUUUAUACCCCGAUCCAGCUGAGACGCACGAGGAGGGAAAGACUCAACGAACCUUCAUUCGUUUCCCUGACAAGGCCGUAUGGGAUUCCUAUGUGGCUCAUUUGCAAGAGGAGAAGCUGCGGGCUCUCGGUGUAUCCUUCGGUGACGAUGAACCGGGUCCUUCAAUUUCUCCAGCUUCGGGCUCGAUGAAUCCCUCGCAAACGCCAUUCCCCGGUAUGGGACCAUCGCCACCAAUUCCCAGCGCAUCUGCUGCCAGCAAUCCACUAGGCGGAAUCCAUCCUUUCUCCCCGCAAUUCGGCCAAUCAACCGGGGCUGCAAGUGGAGGUCUGGGAUCUUUGGCCUCGCCAGCAUCACAGUUCAGCGUGCAGACUCCGUUCAUGGGUAUGAAUGGUAUGGAUCAGAACAUGAUCCCUGGGUUCCCAUUCCAAUUCCAGCCUACGCCACCUGCACAGGGAGCUAUGACCCCGCAGAGUCUGAUCAACUUACGGCAAGGCAACGGCUCUGUUGGUCCAGGUGCACUUCACAACUUCAGCUCCAUGCUGUCGCCUGUAUCCCCAUUACAUGAUCAAGGCCAAUUUCACACUGGAUUCAAUGAUGGCUUCCAAGAGAAAGAGAUAUAUGACGACCGUUUUGGAAAUACUGGUUAUGAGGACGGGCCUCCAUUUCCCACUCCGCAGACCCCUGUCAACGAUCCGAGUCAGUUCCAUGCUUCCAAUGUGGAAAUUGCCCACCCGACACCUCGCGGUCAUGGUCAUAACUUAAGCGAGACGCUCCAGAGGGGCCUUGACAACAUGACACAUCCUGAAUACCACCUAAACCACGCUGCCGACCACCACAUGGAGACAGAUGAGCAUGACGCAAGUCAUCAUGACAACAUUCUCAAACCCCACUGGGCCUUGCCGGAGAAUGAUCCCCAUCACCAGGUUCAAAAUGGCCCCCCUCAACCAUCGCAUUUCGCCCAUCAUCCCCAUCAGUUCUACAAUGAGCAAUAUGCGCAUGACAAUGCCCAUGAAGGCUCUGACUUCGAUACUAACCCGAGCAUUACUGGGACUCCCCAAACUCGGGGUGCGCAGCCCAACCAAGGAUCAUGGCAUGAGGCAAAGCCAAGCGCCGGCUCCUUUCGCGGUCACCAUACCAGGCUAUCUACCUCGUCCUUCAAUGUUGAAGCCAAGGAGUUCGACCCAACAGCUUCUUUCGGGUCUCAGCACGCACCCUUUGUCAACACUGGAUUCCAAUUUGGAGGAAUCGAUCAACCCGGUUAUGGAUUUGCCCCGGCACCUCCUUUCGCUCCUGACAUGAUGCAUGCCCCCAUUGAUUCCAACCCUCAGCCCAAGCCCAAGUCCAGCAGCUUCAAGUUCUCGGCAGCUUCCUUCAACGUGGAUGCGCCUGUUUUCAACCCGUCUGCGAGCAUCACUUCAAAUCAUACUGCCCAGCAGCCGUCUGAAAGUCGAACAAAGAUUUUCGGUGAUAUUGAUAUCUCUGAGAUCUCCAAACCAGCCAAGAAAUCGAAGGCUGUUCCUAUUGUGCGACCAGAUGACGAAGUCGAGCCCACUCAAGACGAUGAACAAGAGACUCACGAUGACCAUGAGGGACGACCGGUGCCUACUGAUCGUCACAAGCGGGCUCGCCGCGGCGUGGGCCAUGCUGAAGGCGAGGCUCGCUACAGCAUCUCGACUCAUCCAUUGGGUGAGUCUGGUAACGCUCAAGCACCCAACAUGCUCCAAAGUGUUGCUGAGGGCAAGGAAAACGCUUCCCCCGAUGAGAACGACAACAAGCGUGCCGAACGCCAGGAAACCCCUCACAGUGAGGCAGAUACCUGGACUUUGUUCGAUGCCCAGCGCGACGCCGAUGCAAGAUCCCAUAUUGCAUCAUCUGUUGUUGAUGAGCAGACCAGGGAUCUCAACGAACCUGCCGAAGAGCCUAAGCCGGAACAGUCUACUCAGAGCAACGCCCCUGAACCGGAUAUUAAGCCUGCAGGUCAUGCCUUCCAAGAAUCCAAGGACAAGAACUCGCUCUCUGCCACAGCCAAGCCUUUCGAGUUCAAGCCUGCUGUUCCAUCCUUUACGCCGACCUCCGUUGAACCCUCCAUUUUCGGAGAACAAAGCCCUUCGUUGCGGAAGUCAGAGUCCCAGCAAGCAGAGAAGAAACCUGCUGAGAAAAAGCAGGGUGGUCUUAUGGCUUCUCGCUUCGCGACUAACAGCCCACCGAAGUCGCAUCCCCCGCCUCUUUCACAAACCAUAGCGCCAUUCAAGGAGCCGGAGACGCUCACUGCUCAACAGAAGCUUGAGUUCUACCGCGAAUCCGCGGAAGAGUCGCCUGAUGACGAUGAGCUUAACGCAAUCAUGGACCAGCUUAACGAGGACUCAGAUGUGGGUAUUGAGCGCCACACUACGCCUCUCCCUCGUCAGUUCAUCUCGGAAUCCGUUGGUGGGCCAACUAAAGAACGGCCGUUUGGCUCGGCAGAGGGCCGCAGCGAGGCACCCAGCCCCAGCCCCGGUGGCGGCCACAAGACCUACAAGCUCGAUAUUCCCAAGCUUGGUUCCGACAUUGACGCUCAGAGCAAUGCUACCUUCUCUCCAGUCAAGAGUCUUAUCUCGCGUAUCCAGUCUCCUGUGCGGCAGCUUAUCACCGAAAACGACCAUGUUAGCGAUUGGGAUGACAUGAUCUCCUCUGGCGAAGACGAGAAGUUCUUCAACCGCAACCGCUUCUUCGAUCGCCGUAUUAAUGACAUCGUUGGUGCUGCCAUAGAUGAUCGAUUAAGCCCCAUGGAGCGUGCUCUGGCUGUUAUCCAGCAGUCCGUUGCUUCUAUCGCUACAGGUGCUGCUACCCGGAGGGUAUUGCGCAGCACAUCCGCUGAAUUGGAGGACAGCGAUGCUGAUGAUGAGGAUGAUGGUGAAGAAGCGCAUGAGGCCUCGUCUAGAGACCGCUCGCCCCAUCACAUGCGCGACCGUAAGGUGGAGAUGCUGAAGAGCAUCGUAAUGGAAGCUCUUGUUACCCAUGACAUGCCUCACCGAUCGGCUCCUCACUCCAGCCAUAGCGAAAUGGCUCUGCUUAAGGAAAGCAUCGCUGAGCUUCAGGCUUUGACUAUCAAGAAGCUUGCACAGGAUCCUGUUGGUGACAUGCGCGAGAUUCUCGAGGAGACUCUUGCUCGGCAAUUGGCCCAGCAAACUCCGCGGUUGUCGGAAGCUGAAGAGAUUGGUGCAGAUAGUCUGAUGCUCCAAAUCGACGGUCUUAAGAGCAUGUUGCGACUUGCCGAUGAGCGUACUGAGCAGGAAUACAAGGCACGCCGGGAGGCACAGGACUCGCUUGCUGAGCUCCAGACUCUUCUGAAGCUUGCUGAAGACGAUGCUGCGCGCCACAGUGCUGCUGCUGAAGAUGCCGAGGCUCGCUUCCUCCACUUUAAGGAGGAGAAGAUUCCCCACUUGGAGAAGAUGCAGUUCCGAUCCGAGUCUCUCGCGGAGGAGAAUGAGACUCUUAAGGUCACGCUUGCCGAGCUUUCCUCGAAGAACAUUGCUCUUGAAGGCACUUUAGACGAAUACCGCGUUUCCAGCGACCACUUCCGUCGUCAACUGGAGACUACUAAGGGCGAGAACAAGUCCCUUCAUGAGACCGUUGAUCACCUGCGUACUCGUAUCGAGGACAGCAUGUUCGCUCGCCAGAACCUCACCGAGAAGUUUGACCGUCUUCAAUCUGACAUGGUCACUGUUACUUCUGAGAUUACCCAGGAUCAAGCCGCCGCCCGCCGCAGGGAAGAGCAGCAGACCGCUAAGCACAACGAGCUUCUUGCAUCGCAUGCUCGCGAAAUCAAGCUCCGUGAGCAACUUGAGCAGGAUGUGCGCGAGUUUGAGAUCCGUGAACGUGAAGCUGCCAAGAUCAAGUUUGUCCACGAACAAUCGCUACAGGAGAACGCUCGCUUGGAGGAAAUUAUCGCCACCCUGCGUGCUGAGAACCAUGAGUUGCAGCUGAAGUCGGCUCGUUUCGAACGUGAGUUCAACGACGCCCGUGAGAGUAGCCGCAUUGAGGUCCAGCGUACUCGUACUGCUAUGGAAGCAGACCUCGAGGCUGCCAACAGCCAAGUCAACAUUGUUCGCGCCGAGCUUGAAGCCCAGAUUAUCCGUCUCCAGAGCCAGAUCGAUCAUGUCCGUAUGGAGGCCGAUACGUCUCGCGAGCGCUACGAGAUGCUCCUCGAGGAUGCUAAUGACUCCAAGGUCACUGCGCUGGGUAUCGCUAAGGAAUCCCGGGAGACUGCCCUCGAGGACCAGCGCAAGACGCACGAGCGGGUUCUUAAUGACCUCCGCGAGCGUCACGCCCGUGCCCUGCAUAACUCUUCUGAGGAUCGCCGACGUGGUGAGGCUCAUACGGAGGAGCGUCUGGCUCUCGCAGGUGAGAAAGUCAACCACCUUCAGGAUCGUGUUCAACAUCUUGAGGAGAAACUUGAGAUUGCCCAGUCUGCUGCUCGUGCCGCUGCUGAGGCGGCCCAGAAGGCUGGCUCUGGUCCUAUUCCCGUACCUGCGCCUGCCCACGGCCACUCGUCUUCGCCUUCUAUGUCUUUCGCUAAGGGAUCAAAUGAACCCGAUAAGAUCUCCCCACAGGCUCUUCGUGAAUCUAUCUUCGUCUUGCAAGACCAACUCCAGCAGCGUGAGACCCGUAUUGAGGAGCUUGAGCAAGAAGUCGCGUCGGUAGACAAGGAUGCUCCCAACAAGAUCAAGGAGCGAGACAGCGAGAUUACCUGGCUUCGUGAGGUGCUCGGUGUUCGUAUCGAUGAUCUGCAGGACAUUAUCAAGACUCUCUCGCAGCCUUCCUUCAACCAGCAUGCUGUCCGCGAUGCGGCUAUCCGCCUGAAGGCGAACUUGCAAAUGCAACAGCAGGAACGAGAGCGGGCUAUGUCUGGAACAACUCUCCCGUCACUUCAGUCCAUCGCAGCCUCUCCUCGGUCCCUUCCUCUCGCUGCCGCCGCAGCCUGGGGAAACUGGCGUAAGGGCAGAGAAAGCACCAGUGCCAGCGGCAACCCGUCUGAACAAACACCGUCCAAGUCCAGUAAUGCCAGUGCCUUCCUCUCUGGACUUUUGACUCCCCCAAGCUCGCACGCUCGUCAAAACGCCCCUCAUUCUUCUGCCCCGGGACGCUCCUACGCCGAAAGCCGGCCACUCAGAGGAUUUAAUUCUCCCCGCCGUGACUCAGUCCGGUCUGAAGCACCUGUCCCCGAGCCACCCAAGACCCCUCCGCUCCUUCGUCGCUCCAGCUAUGAUCACGAUGCGGAGCCGGCGAACUACGAGCAAGACAACUUUGCUACCGAUGAUAUCGAGAGCACCGUUGGCGGUAUGGUCUCGGCAUCUCCUAAAGAGAGUGGCGAGGAAGGUCCCUUCGGUCCGCAGAUCUCGUCUGAUACAGAAGAGGUCCCCGAAGAGAUCGAAGAGUGA